AUGAUGAGCGGAAACAAGAAUAGAAGAGAGAGGACAAGGGUCGCGAUCGGUGGCUUGCACUUGCUCGUGUUCUGCUUUCCUGCUGGCGUACAUCCCAGCCAUCUCAAGCAGAGGUGGAACGAGGGCUUGAUGUCUUUCUCCUUCAAUGGCCUCAGCCUUCGCAUCGAUCAGAAAGUCGGUCGCUCGUGCGGGCCCCGCAGUCACUCCCCGUGGUGGCUCCAAGAGGAUCUCCAAGAGACUUUUGACGGCACUGGGAGUGUAGUUUGGGAUGGAAGUAUAUACCUGUGCGAGCUCUUGGGGAGAGGAGGGAGUGGAGGGCUGGAUCCAAGUGGGCUGACCAUUGUCGAGAUAGGCAGCGGCACGGGAAUGCUUGGCAUCCUAUGUUGGCUCUCGGGAGCAAAGCGCGUGAUUGUCUGCGACGUUGCCGAGCAGCUGCCUCUGCUGCAGCACAAUGUGGUUCUCAACGGAAUUGAACCCUGCAAGGGGCUGAGCUGCACGAGAGAAGAGGAGAAGAGAUGCCUUCAUGUCAAAAAGUGCGAGUGGGGGGUCGAAGAAGAUUGUGCAGAGAUUGUGCGGGAAGGGAGGAUAGACUUGAUCCUGGCAGCAGAUGUUGUCUACGGGCAGCCGCGCAGUGUCCUCAUGAAGCUCUUGAACUCACUACGAUGGCUGACAUCUCAUAAGGGAGGGCGGAUAAUGAUGACGUGGAAAGAAAGAAGAGGGCCAGGUCACGAAAAUGGUGAGCUGGAGAAGGAGGACAUGUGGUUCUUCAACGAGUGUCGUAAGUGGUUCGACUUGAAAGAACAGAGGAUCAGCGGGAAGGACGAGGAAGUGAAACUGAUAGAGAUGACAACACGAACUUCAGAGUUUCACGUUUUAUGA